AGGCAGCCCCGCGACAACUCUGCUUUCACGGUUUGGCUCAUUUCAGAAACGCACACGGAGACUUCAAAAAGAGUUUUUUUUUUCUUCACAUCCCCAACAAGCGGCAUCGCAUCGGAUGUUUUCUUUCCUUUCUGUUUCCACGUUCUAAUUUUUACUUGUAGAAACGCCGCCGCAGCAAAGAAGAAGAAAAGGAAUUGGAGGAGCGCGGCACGACGCGGUGCGCGGAAGGUGACGGGCGACGAGCAUGUCGAAGGACUGCGACGUGUUCUACGACGCCUUCGGCUGCAUCAUCACGAAAAGCGUCGGCUAUCAGUCGCCGUUUCCAAUCAUGCGCCUGAGCAACGGGCAAGCGGCAUUAGAUGCGGACAGGGCGACGGUGCAAGGAGUGUGCUUCGCCUCCUCCCUGGCAGAUCCAAAUGCAGCGCAUGGCCGCCUUCUCACCCUCGAUUUCUCCGCCGGGGACGCCUGCGUUUCGUUUCUGCAGUUAAUGAGCGGGGCGCGGAAGCCGCUCGAGCUGGAUCAGAAAAUCGAUUUUGUAAAGAAAAUUGAGAUGAGCGACGCAACGUCCGUUGUCGUCACGCGCAGCGAGGGCAAUCGGUGGAACACGUCGAUGUACACUGGCGCAGGGGAGAGCGGCCAGCGUCCGUUCUGUUCGCGGGUGUUCUUCCGCUGCAUCUCCGCUGCCUCUCUGCGCGACGCGGGGCUGUGGCUGGUCGAGAUGGCGAGGGGGGAGAGCGACACCCGACCGCUGCACUACGGCCAUGUCGACGCCGCGGUGUCCGGUACGCUGUCCGACACCUUCCACAUUGGCGAGGCGCUGAAGCGGCCGCUGGACGUGGUGGCGCUGACGGCGGACACGGCGGUAGUGUUGGGCACCGGGGGAUUGGCACUGGCGGACCGCCGUCGCGCCGAGGUGCACACCGUAGCCACGGCCCCUAUCGCGAACGGCGGUGUGGCCGGCGGGGACAAAAUGGUGACGUUUGGCGAGGACUAUGUUCUGCGUGUGUUUGACAUGCGGAAGGCCGCCGCGGCUCUGAUGGAAACUUCAGUUUCGUCCUAUGUGUGCGUUAAAUCUGUCGUGGGCUGCCGUGCGGUUCUUCUGAUGGCGGGUGACGUAACGGGGAUAUUGGAUGUGCAGACGCUUACCGCCACUGCGUCCCUACAGCACUCUGGUGAUCAAGUUCUGGAUGCAACGCUGCUUCCUCACCAACGCGGAGGAGUUCGCAUUUGCACGAGCACGGAAAGCGGUAUGGUAUACGACUGGACCGUGGCAAUGUGA